GGUGGCAAAGAAAAUCAAGAAGACAGAGCUGAAUUCUGGAAAUCAUUUAAACCUGGUGUGGAACUUGGAGCGGCAUCGGCUUUGUGGGAGUUCUGGCUGUGAAGUUAGAUCAUCCAUGGAAACAUCUCUGUUUCCUGUUGUCCAGCAACGUGAGGGUCCGCCUCAGCAACUUGAAGGACCGCCUUUAUUUACUUGUAGCAGCAGUUGGUUCGGUGGUGAGAGAGUAUGUAUCCAGAUUGGGAAGAAAGUUGAAGAUGUUUUUGAGUUAAAAGGGCUGCCGGAGUUCACAUUGAAGGGGUUGCUGCUUAUAGCCAAAGUUGAGUCUUCGUUUGGAGCAUUUCCUGCAAACAACAUCUAUAAAUGGGUGCAUUUGUCUUUUAAGACUAUUCUGAUGUGCCCUCUAAAACCAACAUGUCAGGGAGAUGAAAAACACAUAGAUGGCGGUGGCGAAGAAAAUUAUGAUGACAAACAAGUCACUAUGCUGACAAAGCAUUUGUCUGGUGGAAAGGAUUUGGGUGUCUUGGACCUGCCAUAUAACAAUUUUUCUGGGGGAAUUCCAUCCGGUACCCAAAUUGACACUUUUAAUGCUUCUGCAUUUGCUGGUAAUUCUCCACUUUGUGGACAUCCUCUAACACCAACAUGCCCCGAUCAUGAAAAACCUACGGGUGGUGGUGUCAAACACAAUCAAUAUGAAGAAGAUGAAUUCUGAAGAGGUUUUGAACCAAGCAUGGAACUAAGAUUGCCUUUCAGCUUUGUUUUCAAGUUAGAUCAUCCAAAGAAACAUGGUUGGUUCCUGCUGUUCAACUACAUGAAGGUUCACCGCAGCAACUUGAAGGACUUCCUCCGUUUGAUUGUGGCAGCACUUUAUCUGCUGGCGACAGCGAACGCAGUCAGAUUGCUAAGAAAUUAAGUUCAAGUUU